CUGGGCCGGGCGGGCUGGGCCGCGCCGCAGCGCCGGCGGCUGAUUCGGAGGCGGCGGCGGGGGAUGGACGAAGGUACCUGCGGCGGCCAGCGGCGACGGGCGGCCCAGAUUGCAGCCUCUAUCUAAGUAGUGGGAACGUUCUGGAUCAUCUUCAACAAGACGGACACUGAAUGUUUAGCAUCACCUCUUUGGAUUUUUGAAUGUGAAUUGGAGCCACUUUAUUUCUAGGUUUGCUGGGAUGGGUAAUCUUCUUAAGGUCCUUACCAGGGAAAUUGAAAACUAUCCACAUUUUUUCCUGGAUUUUGAAAGAACCAAAUGGGAAAUCUUUUAAAAGUUCUCACUUGCACUGAGCUUGAUCAGGGGCCAAAUUUUUUCCUUGACUUUGAAAAUGCACAGCCCACGGAUGGAGAAAGGGAGGUCUGGAACCAGAUCAGUGCAGUUUUACAGGACUCAGAAAGCAUGCUUGCAGACCUUCAGGCUUACAAAGGAGCUGGACAAGAAAUUAGAGAUGCAAUACAAAAUCCCAAUGAUAUCCAGCUGCAAGAAAAAGCAUGGAAUUCAGUCUGUCCCCUGGUUGUAAGGCUAAAGCGCUUUUAUGAGUUUUCACUCAGAUUAGAGAAAGCCCUGCAGAGUUUACUGGAAUCCUUGACAUGCCCUCCCUACACUCCAACUCAGCACCUGGAACGGGAACAGGCUCUAGCAAAAGAGUUUGCAGAAAUUUUACAUUUUACUCUUCGUUUUGAUGAACUUAAGAUGAGAAACCCAGCAAUUCAGAAUGACUUCAGUUAUUACAGGCGGACAAUAAGUCGCAACAGAAUAAACAACAUGCAUCUAGACAUUGAGAAUGAAGUGAACAAUGAAAUGGCUAAUAGAAUGUCCCUGUUCUAUGCAGAGGCCACACCAAUGCUGAAAACUCUCAGUAACGCAACGACACAUUUUGUAUCAGAAAACAAAACGUUACCAAUUGAAAAUACAACGGACUGUCUAAGUACUAUGGCCAGUGUAUGUAAAGUCAUGUUGGAAACACCAGAGUACAGGAGUAGAUUCACCAGUGAAGAGACCCUUAUGUUCUGCAUGCGAGUAAUGGUCGGAGUUAUUAUUCUGUACGAUCACGUUCAUCCUGUGGGAGCUUUCUCAAAGACUUCAAAGAUUGAUAUGAAGGGAUGCAUAAAAGUUCUAAAGGAACAACCACCUGACUCUGUGGAAGGACUUCUGAAUGCUCUCAGGUUCACUACAAAACACCUGAAUGAUGAAUCUACUUCAAAACAAAUUCGAGCUAUGCUGCAGUAGCAUCCAGAGACAAGUAGAUGUUUGUAUUGAUCACAGAAGAUGUGUAUGUUUACAUAAUUUAAUACAGUUUGAUGUUAAUACUUGUGUGUAUUUACAUAACCAUUUUCUUCACAUUGCUAAAAUAUAUGAAUCUGUUCAUAACCUGACUGACUUUAUAUAGUGCAACCUAAGUUUUUAUUCUAGCCUUUAUCUUUUGACUUUUAAAAUACUUUUUUACUUAGAUACUUCAGUUAUGACAGUUUAUCUGUGCAUUUUAAUCCUUAAACACCUUCUCUAUCAGAGAAGUAGGUAGUAGGAAGACAAAAUGAAAAUCAAACUGAAAUGUCAAAGGUACCACAGAAAAGGAUCUUUAAAGAAAGUUAAUAUAAGAGAAAGCAAAAUUCAUUUGGUAUGUUUUAAAGAACAUGUGCCCAGUUUUUUGGUCAGUUUUAGGAUCUUGUCAAACUAGUAUGAAUAGGAGAAUGCCUGAAUGUUCAUCACUGUCAUAAAAUGCAUUGUCUUUCCUGUAAUAAGUGGAGAUCACCUGAUUUUAAGGAUUACGUGCUGUCUGGCAUCAAAAAAUGUAUUUCAAACAGGUAAUUUUACCUUUUUAAUUAAAUAUAACCCAUACCUUUCAACAGCUAAGGAAAUUAAUAUCCUUUUUUCAGAUGCAGUAUAAAUAAACAAAAUAUGCUUAAAGAUCAUAGAUGGAUUUUGAAAACUCUGUGUAAUUUUAUUAGAUUUAGAAAGGAAAAGGAAAAUACUAAUGCCUUGACUUAACUGGAAAAGGUUUGUCAGGGUAAUUAUAUCACAGUGAACGUUAACUACCAGAGAACUCUAGCCAGUAAGUAAUUUUUUGGCUGAUAUAAACCAGUACACUCCUGUAGCAAGCUUCCCUGGUGUCAAAUCGGCUGCGUCAGAUUGUGAAUGGUUUAAAUCUAGGAGCUGAUCUGUUCUUAGGAACUCCAUUAAGUUACUGAUAGUGUUGUUCAUUAGAUGAUUCAGAGUCAACACAGAAGAAUUUAUCAGCUGACUGCUCUUCACUGGCUUUUGAGAUAUGAUUGAUACUUCAAGAAGGUAAUUUCCUUGCUGAGUUGUUUGUUCUUACUUUCUGGUAAAUUUUCCAGUUAAUGGAAUAGAAAUACUUUGCCAAAAGCAGCAAAGUGCUCAUGCUCUGUUAAGUGUGUCUACUGGGUGGUCUGCAGUUGCUGUACAUAUUCUUGCAGAGGUCACGUUCUGAAAAUGUGUUUGAUUUUGUGUACUUUGCUUGCAUGUAUGUGUGGAAACUCCAGUGCUUGUGCACAGAUUCAGAUUGUAUUUGCUUAUUCCUGUAUAGAUAAAUCAGGGUUUGUGUGCUUUCACUGGAAUUUUCAUGCACAUCUCUUCUAAAAACAUUACCUUAAGACUUCAAAGAUGCAUUUGGUCUGCUAGAACUUGGCUGCACUGUGACAAACUGUGUCAUUGAACUCAGUCUUUAAACAGUACUAAUAUCACAAGUUCUCAGGAGUAGGGAUUGACUUGAGAGCUUAUUUCUGAGCAGAGCAACCCCUGCAAGGUUCCUCAGAUCUGAUCAGAGCCCACAGGUGCCAAUGUCGUGCAUGUCCUGAUACUGGACAGCACCACAGCUCCUGCAUUCAUGUCACACCACUGCAGGUGCAGCAGCCAGUUGCUAUGUUGUUGUCGGGCAAAGGGUUAGAACUCACUCACAUUAGAUCUUUUUUCUUUUUCUGAAAGCAAUGACCACACUUUUUUCACAGUAGUAAAUCCACUGUUUACAGGCUCCAUUUUUAAUGGGGGGACAUUUAAAGAUGUAUGUUAGGGAAAAUCUUGCUUAGUUCAUAGUCACUUCCAGUUAGAUAAAUUAGGUGGAUGACAGGCCAUUCUGUUGAGCUUUGGUAACUGAAGUUAAUAUAUGCUUACCUGCAAUUUUUUUUGUCAAAUAAUGAAGUCUUAUCUUUAAGUGGCCCAGAGAAAAACUUUGUCACUUGUAUAAUAAAAAUGUAAACCUUAAAGCAUUCUGUGAGUUGUCAUGUGCUGUUUGCUAAAGUCACGGGAUUUCAUUGCGUGCUUUGAUGUUUUUGUACAGAACUUCGUUUGAAAUAAUAAAAAAUUUGGUACAGUAA